CCACGAAAAUGGAAUUAUCCUCUUCCCUUGUCGCAAUAUUUCGAUGAGGUUUCGUUCGUUGUUGGGAAGGUGGGGGAAGCGGAUGACCUGGAUGUUACUACUAAGACAAUACCCAAAGCAGCCAACAGAAUGCACUCACCAGCAGAGCGAAAGAGAACUAUAAUUGACCGGAAUACGACAGAUUAUGAGCAGUGUACUUGUGAAAGUAAACAGCCUUUGGCUAAUGUCAUUUACUAUAUGACCGGUAUGGCGGUUAAGACCAAGAACCAGAAGAGGGAAGCAUGGACGACUUGGAUAGAUCCGAAAUUUCCAUAUAUUAUUCUGAGGCGGUACUUGAAGCGAUCUUCUAUAGGAAGGCAUCAUUAUCGAGCCAACACUCAAGGCAACAUCAGAGAUUGGUUUCCAACUCUCAGGUCCAAGAACACAGCGAGGCCCGAGGGCCGUUGGAAGUGUAGGAGGGAAUGCGCCCGUUCGUCACCUCAAUCUACUUGGCCAGCACAAAUACUCGGGAUAAUGCUUGAGAGUGAAGCCACCAAAGCCCUAUAG